AUGUCUGAUAUUCUUCGCAUCGUUCUUGAAAAUGUCGACUUCCGGCUGCCCACGCAAGUAACCGACGAUAACAGUGUCCUCGCCCUCAAGAGCUUGGUCUUGGAACCGUUAAUUCGGUGGCAGCCAGACGGCGAGGUCCUACCAGGGCUCUUUGAUCGAUGGGACGUUUCAGACGACCAGCGAACCUGGUUCUUUCACAUUCGAGACGGAGCCCUCUUUCACGAUGGGAAGCCUUGUGACGCCCCCCUCAUUGUCGAAUACAUCAAAGGCUUUCUUAACUCACACGAUUACUUCGGCAUGUCCUGGAGCUACAGUCGCUAUUUUGCCAAAACGACAUUCACCACGGAGGAUCAGAGUGUUGUCAAGAUUCAGUAUCAAGAGCCAUUCCCAGAUCUGCUAAACGUCCUCAAUGACUUCUGGCCAUCGAGAAUAGACGUCGAUGGGAAGCCAAUCCUUGGUACAGGUCCAUAUCGCGUUGUCAACUUUACACGUCAAGACAACAUUGGCUCUGCAACGCUAGAGCUAGUACAUCCUGUUCAGCAUCCAGACUGGCCGCGGAAGAUCGUUGCUACGGCAGCCCGCAGUGGUGAGGAAAGGCUGAAGCUUUUGCAAAGCGGACAAGUGGAUGUGGCGUUGAACUUGGAACGCAUUGACGAUCUGAAUCUUCUUGACUUCCAAUCCUCGUUGCAGUGGGGAAGAGUUUUGAGCACCUUGUCCGUCAUCUACUACCUCAAUUGCCCAGAGGGAGUCUUCUCUUCCCCGCAGGUGCGCCUUGCUGCCAAUCUCGCCAUUGACAACCAAGCCCUGGUUGAGGAAGUCUACUUGAGCCUUGCGGCGCCAGCUGCCACCGUCGUCAGCCCUCACCAUCUCGGCUUCAAGGAAGCAAACCUAAGCCCCAUCCCCUAUGACCCCGAGCGUGCGAAAGAACUCAUUAAGCACCUCGACUUGAGCAAGCCUCUUCGCCUUCGAACGCCAGAAUGGAUGCCGGAGCACGCUAUCAAGAUAACCGAGUUUGUCAAGAAAUCUCUAGAAGCGAUUGGUUUCAAAGUAGACGUUGAGGUUGACACGAAUCGUCCAGAGUACGCACGGUCAAUAGGGCUGCGGAAGAACAUUGGGGACCUUGCUUGCUUCGACUCGACGCCCAACACUACCUUUCGAGUUCUAGACGAUAAGGUAUCGAGUGAAUCGCAUGGUACAUGGUGGCUGGGGUACCAUGACGAUGAAUUCCAGAGGUUGUUUGCAAAGGCGAGAGGAGCAAGGGGGGAUGAUAGGAGGAAGGCAUAUGCGGAGACUUUGAAGAGGGUACAUGAAAAUCCGCCUUGGCUUUACAUCGCUCAUCCGGACGUUGUAUGGGCUACCAGACCCGGAGUCAAGCUCAGCAUUGGUCCAUCGGGAGUACUAGAGUUGGGCAAUUAA